AUGUCAUCCGAUCUCAUUUGGCUGUUGACCCGCGACCAAUCCUCCUUCCUUGUGAAGAGGAACGGCAUCCAGUUGACCAGGGAGCCUGGAAAUCUUCUUAACAAGAACUCCCUGAAGUACUCUGGUCUCGCCCAGAGGAAGACCAUCGACAUCCAGUUCGCUGAGAAGGGUGCCCACAUCACACUGAAGAAGACCUCGGUGCCUGCCCACAAGCACGCCAAGUUGGGCCACAAGACCACCAUCCAGAAGGGAGUCCGUGCCUCUUCCAAGAGCGUCACCAACCUUUUGAGCACCUACCGCCCCGACCUCCAGAAGGCUGCUCUCGCUCGUCUCACCCGUGUCACUGAGGCUCAACAGAAGCCCAAGGCCCAGAAGCCCAAGAAGCUCCGUGGUGUCCGUGCACGCAAGGCCACCGUUGCUUAA